UUUAAUUGGAUUUUUAAAGGGCAAACCUGUUUUUGUUGACCUACGUGAAGAUGGCUCUGCGCUCGCUUAGCUAGCAUAGGACGACGAUCCCAUCCCAGAUUUUGACACUACUACUUGACAACCAAUAACAACAAUGGAGCAAGGAGAAAUAUUCUUCACUUUUUAGUCUGAGAACUGAAUAAUUAUUCAUAAUGCUGUUGUGAAUUCCAACCUUUCAGCUAAAAAUCGUUAAGCCAUGAUUAUAUUCUCGCGACUCCUCUCUUGAAUUUCUUCUGUUGAACCUCAGUCUUUGCAAUAUGGCAGGAAUCCGAGAAAAAGGUCACUCGUCUAGCAGGAAGCAGGAUGAGAACAGUGUCGAGUCGCUGGCAGAGGUUUUUCGCUGCUUCAUUUGCAUGGAAAAGCUGCGCGACGCUCACCUGUGUCCGCACUGCUCCAAACUGUGUUGUUACCUUUGCAUUCGAAGAUGGCUCACGGAGACCAGGUCGCAGUGUCCUCACUGCCGAGCGUCAUUGCACUUGCAUGAGCUGGUCAACUGUCGUUGGGUUGAGGAUGUCACUCAGCAGCUGGACAGUCUGCAGGCCAUGGGUGCUGCCAACACUGAUGGCACGGACAACGUCGACAAAGACAGCCGCUGCGAAAGUCACCAGGAGAAGCUGUCAGUGUACUGCUGGACGUGUCAAAGGUGUAUUUGCCACCAGUGUGCUCUUUGGGGUGGCACUCACUCGGGACACACUUUCAAGCCUCUAGAGGAGGUGUACGAACAGCACAUUUCCCAAAUCAAAGAUGAAGUUUACCAGCUGCGUCGGCGACUAAUGGAGCUGAUAGGACUUGUCCAAGAAGUGGAAGGAAAUGUCGAGUCAGUGAGAGCAGCCAAGGAUGAACGCGUCAGGGAAAUCAGGAAUGCUGUUGAACAGAUGAUAGCUCGACUUGAUUCGCACCUCAAGGCCAAGUUGAUGACACUGAUGGGGCAGAAGACGGCGCUGAUCCAGGAGACUGAACAGCUGGAAGCCCUGCUCUAUGAGGUUGACAGGCAACUGCACACCUGCUCUAGAAGUGAGCUCAUCAGAAGGAGUGGCGAGCUGACUCGAAAACUGCAUGCCGUGAGAAGGAAACCGACCACUAGCUUUGUCACUGCGCCUGUUCCAGCAGAUUUUCAAAGUGAAAUUGUGCCAAAUUACGACAGCAGCAACUUUAUUCUGCAGAAUUUCAGUCAGCUGCAGCACAAGGCCGACCCUGUUUAUUCACCACCUCUCUUUGUCAAUGGUUUGUGCUGGAAAUUGAAGGUGUAUCCUGAUGGAAAUGGAGUUGUCAGGGGCACAUACCUGUCUGUUUUCCUUGAGCUUGCUUCUGGUUUACCUGAAACAUCCAAGUACGAGUACCGAGUUGAAAUGGUCCAUCAAGGCUCAAGAGACAACAGCAAAAAUAUUAUCCGUGAAUUCGCCUCCGACUUUGAGGUGGGUGAGUGCUGGGGCUACAACCGCUUCUUCCGUCUAGAUCUUCUUGCAAGUGAAGGCUACCUGAAUACAAGCCUCGACACCUUAAUCCUGCGCUUCCAAGUGAGGCCGCCCACAUUCUUUCAAAGGUGCAGGGACCAACAGUGGUACAUUGGGCAGCUGCUCACCGUUCAGUCCCAAUAUGUCAGUCAAAUCAGUACGUUAAAAGAGCAAGUGUCAAUGUUGCGGAAUGGAGGCAACGCGACAGUCAACAACUCGUCCAACUCUUCACCAGUGAACGUGACCAGAGCGCUGAGCAUCAGCAGCGAGCCCCCUUUGGCCAACACCUCAGAGCUGGCCACCGCAGCCAACCCAAAGUCAGUCUCCCUCACAACCACGCCGACCCUCCAGUUGCCCCCUGGGUUCCCGUCGCCCUCUCAGCAAACUCUGCCCCGGGCCGUGGACGUCGGAACUGACACUUCUGCAGAAUCCUCGCCUGUUAGGACGCUGCGGAGGGUGCGCAAUCCAUCUGUCAGCAGCGAUAGCGACAGCGAGAUAAGCAACUCAAUGAAGGAUUCUGAUUCCAUUGAAAUGGGCACUGUGAGGAGAAGGAGACCUGUUCUUGAUGAAGUAUCAAAUGAUGAGAAUGAUAUUGACGUCGAAGCAAUGUCGGGUGAUAACGAUGUGGAAUUCUCAAUCACAAGGCAGCUUCGGUUUCCAGACUUCCUGGCAGCUAGUGCUGAAUCUUUUGACUCUUCAAUUUUUCCACAUCACCAUCAAUUCAUACUGAAAAUUAUUCCUUCCAGACCCUCUGUUGUUGAUUCAUCUAGUCUUGGGGAAGAACUGAUGCUACUGCACUUAUUUGAGUUGCAAGACAGAGAACGGAACUCAUCCAGCGCCAGUGGCACAGGUGCUGAUCCAUCUUGGAAGCGACCAAGCAUCAGUAAUCCAUCAGGUCUGAAUGUCGCGGGCGCUUGGUUCAAACCCCGAAGGCUCAGCCGGCAGCCGCUGGCCACUGCCAGCAGUGUCUUGGACACUCUGCAACUGGACAUGGCUUCACUCGGCGUUUCAAGCAGCAGCAGCAGUAGCAACAGCAACAACAAUCUCCCUUCUCGCCAAAGCGCAUUUAUGCCAAUGUCACCUAGAUCUGAGCCUCAUUUGCCGCAAAUUGACGAAAUACGAUCUCUCACCCAAAAAUCAAGCAAGAGUCGAUCUGAUUCUCGCCAGCCCUGCAGACACAGCACUGCUGCAGCUGCUGCCUCGACUGUUUCUAGCUCAUCCCAAACAAGAAGCUUGAGCCCCACAACUCAGGCUCACCUGAACGCUUAUUUGUCGUAUGUGAAGCAACUUGAGCUAGCCAGUGAUGAUGACACGAGCUCAUCUGCAGCUGCGAGAGACGAUUCGCACGCCAUUCCACAACAGGACUCAUCCGCCACCUUGUUGCCAAAACACGAUGAAGGUGCCUCAGCCGCUGCUUCAACCUCGCAACCUGGAGUGUAUCCCCCGAUCGGAGGAUCCGUCUACUUCAAAGAUCUGAUUAAACCCAUUCCACAACGUGCGGCCCAGCGUGACGCGCACAAGAAAGCAGAUUCCACUGCUGAAACCACUACUACCACUGCUCAAGAAGAAGACCAGACGACACCCAUCAAAGACAGCAAAAACCCUGAUGAGCCAACUGGAGACAAGAAUUGAUCUUCAAAGCUACUCCUGGACUAAUAUAUGUAUAUUAGCAGCACUGAAACAAGUAGAUCUACCUUCUCCACAAAAUCGUGUCUACUCAUCUCAAAACGCUUGUUUCCGCACUUUGCGGACUGAAGUUAUAUAAUUGUUGUUUAGGUGGUGCUUCAGAACCAUUUAGUUUAUCACAUUUGGGUUGAGUAACAUGCAGAUUUGAUAUUAGCAAAGUCAUAGCUUAAUUAAAUUAAGCCCAAAUGUUAUGAACUCCUCUUCCUCAUAGACAUAUACAAACAUAUUUUGAGCCGCUCCAAAAUAAACUGCAAAACUAAUUCUAAAACUCUUAACUGUAAAAUGAUCUGUAUUAAAAAUAUACGCCAGCGAAAACUUAAUAUUUUAUUGUUAUUCAUUUUUGUUUCUGUUUAACAUAAAACAUGAUUAAACGAUAAUUACUUUC